AUGAGAUGCAGGCAUUUGCUGUGUUCCACCUACAUGAUAUCCACUUCAGUUUGUGAGGGGAAAAGAUUGAAUAUAAACCACUGGAUAUAAUGGAGAUAACCUUUAAAGUGGUGAAGUUCAUGUUACUCUCUGGGCCUUGGUGGAUGAGUGACCAAAUUACACUGGCCAGUCCAUUCCCCCUCUGUGAAUGGAACUUUCCACAAAAACCUGGUGAGAACACAACCAACCACAGGCUGCGAGUAAACUGCUCAGGACUGAGACUUGGGUCUGUGCCCUCUGGUCUGCCCUCUCAGAUGAAAGCCCUGGAUCUGAGUUAUAAUAACAUCACUGAAAUCAAGUGGUUUGACUUCACACACGACUUAUGUCGUGUCACCCAGCUCAUCCUUAGUCACAAUUCCCUUGGAAAGAUUGAUGGUGGGGCUUUGUCCAGCCUGCUUGGAUUGAAGGAGCUGAAUCUCAGUAGUAACACACUUGCUGUUGUGACUGAGGAGAUGUUUCAGGGGCUAAGGGACCUCAAAGUGCUUGAUUUGAGACAUAACCAGCUACACUGGAUCCAUAAAAUGGCAUUUAAUGACCUGGCAAACUUGAAGGUCUUAUGGCUUCAGAACAACAACCUUCGUACUGUUCCAGAUGCUGUUAACUUACUAUCUGGGUUAAACACGUUGUCACUGGGAACAAAUCAGCUUUAUCAGCUGCUGACUGGAGAUCUCAAUCGUUGCACAGACCUAAAGACACUGCAACUGGAGGACAAUGAGAUAUCCAUUUUGGCGGCUGGAACAUUUCAAAACCAUGAAAAUCUGAGGACUGUUGAUUUAAGUUCUAACCGUCUGGAGGAGCUCCAUGACACCAUGGUUACGUUUUUCUGGGAGCGGGGAGUCAACCUGCAUCUCCAUGGCAACCCUCUGAGGUGCGGCUGUGGAUCUGGGCAGGCGGGUGAGGGUCCUGCAUGGCUGACUGACACCGUGCUGUGUCAGGGCAUCGGAACCCUGCGGAGGGAAAUAGCACCUCUGAGGGUCCAUAAAACGGUCACACUUACUGGGGCUCCAGGGCAAUCUCUGAUGAUUCCGUGCAGGGACAAGUAUCAUGGAGGAAUGAUUAAGUAUUGGAAGACUCCUGUUGGAUGGCUGACGAGCAGAAACUCCUGCCACAGCUACAGUGGCAUGAAAUGCCACUGCAAUGGAAGUCUGACUAUAGUGAACAUUAGCUGCCGCCACAGUGGCCUUUAUUACUGUUUCAAAGAGGACAGUCAUGAGAGAGUCCUGUUCCCAUACAGAGUUCUAGCACUGGGUACCUGUCAGAAUCCCAUGCCUAAAUCAAGGCUACCCAGAGAACUGACGGUUGAUUCACAAGACACAGUUUCUCACAGUCACUUUGUAGCUGCUGUGACGUCAUCUGUGUUGGUGACCUUUCUUGGAGGGUUUGCCCUUGGUGCAUUUAGCAGGUCCCAUGUCAUUACUUGCCUGCAGAAAACAAAGUCACGUUUACGUCUUAAAAGAGGCGAGAGACGCAGAACCUCAGGGGACAACACUGACCAAAUCUCCAUGGAAACAAGCCCCUCUGGAUUCACCAGCUUUGGGGAUGGUGAUGCCCCUAUCACAACACCCUCUCCCCCUGCCAAGGCUCCGCGGAGCUUCCGUUCAAAGCGGGAGCAGCCAGAGGACAGCACACCCCCGAAGGGCUGUGACAACGUAGUUGACUCCAACAGUGCAAUUCCAGUUAGCGUAGACCAGGAAACUCCUGAGACUGAUCUCCAACAGGAACCUCCCGAGACUGAUCUCCAACAGGGGGACCCAGAGACUGGCUCCAACAGUGUAAUUCCAGCCAACACAGACCAGGAACCUACAGAGACUGAUCUCCAACCAGAACCUCCAGAGACUGAUCUCCAACAGGAACCUCCCGAGACUGAUCUCCAACAGGGGGACCCAGAGACUGGCUCCAACAGUGUAAUUCCAGCCAACGCAGACCAGGAACCUACAGAGACUGAUCUCCAGCCGAAGGCCCCAGUGGCACCAAGGCCGACAGCGAGACGGAGCAGAGUGAUCAAGCUCUACAACUAUAACGAAGAUGGCGAACAUUACAGUCACAUCAGAGACCCAGAGGGGGAGGACAUUGACAGAGUGCCCCAGCCAAAGCAAAGGACAAGGUCCCUGAUCCGCCUAAACGCCAUCAUGAGCUCUGUGGAGACACCAGCCCUCAGCACAAACACAGGCCCACAGGUGCAGUCAGACCAGGAGUCCGAACUUGCCCACUCAAGUGAGGAGGAGGGAUCCAUUAGUGACAGGCAGCACAUUCAAUAGACUAGGUGCACGAAAGGGUUUUUUCCGUACGUUCAUGUAACGUAACUGUGUUGUAACGACAUCAUCUGUUAUAUUAUGCUCCUUAUAUCUUCACUACGACACUGAAUAUCUUGUUUGCCUAAUUGUAACAAUUUUAACAAACGCAUAAAUCCUUCUUCAUCGUAACAUACGGAUUCCCUAGUGCAACACCCAACCGGGUCCGUGUAGACACUGGCGGCAGGUUCAAACACACCUGGCUCCACCGGAAACAGAGUAUUUUGUGCAUGUAGUCUAUUAGACAUGAGAGCCAAUGCCUUCCCAUUCAACUCUACUCUAAUAGCAGCUGUGUAAUUUCAAUUAUCUGCUUUUUGGAUAUGGAGAGCAAAAAUCAGUUUUGUGUAAAUUAUUAUAAUUAAGGCUAGCAAAAUAACAUUUAAUUACAUUUUAAUAAAUAACAUUUAUUGUAGAAUUACUUUAAAAUAUUUUAUAUAACAAAAUAUUUGAUUUUAAAUGUGUCAAAUUUCUUCCAUGUUUUAAAAAGUUGUUCAUCAUCUUAAAGGCACAGUCCGGUAUUUCACAGGAAGUUGCGUUUGUUUGUGGUUAUGUUUACAUUCAUUAGCAGAUGCUUUUGUGCAAACAAAAUGUACAUUUUAUUUUAAUCAAGGACCAAAUGAAACACAUUAAAGGUGGCUCACCCCUACCUUCAGUAUUUCAGAGUUUAGUUUUUGUUUGGGGGCAGGCUGCCCCGAUGUUUGAAACUGUUUGUUUCCAGUUUUCAGAGCCUGGGCCAACAGAGACCGUUUUUUUUUCACGGUGUAAUCACGGAAUGGGCAGCUAGCGGUCAUAAGGAGAUGAUGGCUGAAUGUGACCAAAAAUUUUAUGGGCUAGAAAUCAUGUAAAAUCCAUGACUGUGCCUUUAAAACUGUAGUGUAAUAUCCUAAUUCUAAGAUUUUUGUACACAUAUUGUCCCACUGUGUCAAUAAAGAAAGACGUUGAUACAAUUUACUUCUUUAUUUUCCUUUGAAAACACUAUAAACAAUGUAAGACUCAAAAAAAAAAAAAAAAAAAAAAAAUAUUACA